AUGCCUCCCAUACCACCCAUUCCCCCCAUGCCGCCACCCAUGCCUGCCGGGAUUGGGGGCUCUUCCUUCGGGAUUUCUGUGAUGACUGCUUCAGCUGUCGUCAGCAGAGAUGCUACGCCAGAUGCGUCUACGAUCGCUGUCCUCACCACCUAUAAAGAAAAAAUAGUUACUUUGGUUGAAACGGACACGUACCUUGGUAGGAUCGAUGAUGCCCCUCUCGUACAUAUUGACAUACUCUCCGUUGAGCGCGUCGUACCCGUAAUCGCCAUCCUGCUGCUCGACCUUGGCAACGACCGCAGCGCCAUCUACGCCAGCAUUGCGCGCAAUCGUCAUACACGGCACCUUCAACGACCUCUUGACGAUCUCGAUGCCGAUGUGCUGGUCAUUGUUGGCGGGCUUGAUGGUGUCCAGGCUCUUGGAGCAGCGCAACAAAGCGGUGCCGCCGCCAGGCACGAUGCCCUCUUCGACUGCUGCGCGGGUGGCGUUCAGAGCGUCGGUGACGCGGUCUUUCUUCUCGUUCACUUCCACUUCGCUGCUGCCGCCUACUUUCAGGACGGCCACGCCGGAUGCCAGGCGAGCCAGACGUUCCUGGAAGGGAAGAUUUGCGUUUCUAAAUCACCUGGUAAUGAAAAGGAAUCGUUUAAAAUCAAUCCGGCAACAUCGCAUUUAUCUUCACCGCGAGGUGCGCGACACCGACCGCGGUCUUCUUGGAGGCGCGGCGCGGCAGCGGCGGGGCCCUUCGCGAGCGUCAACGCGUCAGUUCUGGCCGGUGAACCGAUUUGUUCGUAUCAGAGCACGACGCGACGCGAUCGCGACUUACGUGCGUUCGACGCGAUUACCGGCACCGGCGUAUGUGGCGGUAGAGGUGCGGAUGCGGACAAGCCAUGGCUAACAAUACGCAAGCAGCAAAAAACAACAUCGUGUGUGAGUGGCUGA